GAGCGUAGCGGCCAUCAUGCCGCAGCAGAAGGACAUCGUGAGGAUCGCCAUCCAGAUGCCCGGGGCGUACCCGCAGCUCAUCCAGCUGGACCAGGUAGCCUCCGUCCGCCACGUUGGCGUCUCACCGAGCCCAGUCAAGUUCACAGGGUGUGAAUACUUUCUGCUGUAGAGCUUUGACCAGCAGGUCAGAGUCUCCCGUCUCCUGAUUGGCUGCUAGACCAGGACUCACUUCCAGGCCUCUAGGCCUCAUGAUGUCAUCAGUCAGGUCAUGAUGUCAUCAGUCUUCCUGAGGAGAUUGAACUGUUUGGUUCUGCUGUGUUGGACCAGACGACACGUCAAGAACCUGCAGGGCAGGUGGAGAACCGCCGGUCCAGAUGAGGUCCGAUUCAGCUCUAAUCCAGAAUAAUCUGGAUGGGCCGGAAUGAGCAGCAGCUUAGUCUGGAAAAAGCCUCUGUCUGCGGUCAUCAAGGAGGUCUGUGACGGCUGGAACCUUCCGGGUCCCGAUAACUACGCCCUGCAGUACGCCGAUGGAGUCCAGAUGUACAUCACAGAGUCGAACCGCCUGGACAUCAAGAACGGCUGCAUCCUGCGUCUGACCAAAGCCCCGGGCCGCUGUGCCGACGACCUUCACAAGGGCAUCCAGAGCGCGGACGGCGGUGUGCGCUGCGACUCGCUGAAGGAGCUGGCCGGCGUCUCGCGGGACGUGACCUUCGCUCAGGAGUUCAUCAACCUGGACGGACACAACCUGCUGGUCCAGAUCGUGGAGGACUCCAGAGAGAGCAACCAGAUCAUGACUCACACGCUGACCGGCUUCAUGGAGCUGAUGGAUCAUGGCAUCGUUUCCUGGGAGAAUCUCUCCGCCGUCUUCAUCAAGAAGAUUGCCGGUUUCGUCAACUCCUCGUCCACAGACGUGUCGAUGCAGCAGGUGUCCCUGGACAUCCUGGAGAACAUGGUUCUGAGCAGCCACCAGCUGUUCCUGCAGGUCAAGCAGGAGGUCACCAUGGAGCGGCUGGUCGCCCACCUGCAGGUGGCGAACCAGCAGAUCCAGACCAAAGCCAUGGCUCUGCUCAUGGCCUUACUGCAGGCGGCUGAGGACGCAGACAGACAGGAAAUGUUUGCCUUCCUGAACAAGAAGAACGUCCGUCAGUACAUCUAUAAGGACAUCAUCCUGAGCUCCAGUCCGGUCCAGGAUGAAAUGGCCCACUACCUCUACGUCCUGCAGUCAGUCACACUGAACCACCUGGAGGCGCGCAUGAGGACGCCACUGGACUGCUACAGCCAGGAUCAGCGGGACGCGCUGCACGGCCUGCGGCAGGCGGCGUUCGAGACCGACAGCGAGAACAGCCUGAGCCACGAGCGCCGCCGCUCGCUCUGCGCCAAGGAGUUCAAGAAGCUGGGCUUCUCUAACAACAGCAACCCGGGUCAGGACCUGGUGCGGACGCCGCCUGGUCUGCUGGCUCUGGACACCAUGUUUUACUUUGCGACUCGCUAUCCGGACGCCUACAGCAGGUUCGUCCUGGAGAACAGCAGCAGGGAGGACAAACAUGAGUGUCCCUUUGCCCGCAGCAGCAUCCAGCUCACACUCAUCCUCUGUGAGAUCCUGCGUAUCGGAGACCCCCCCUCAGAGACGGGCUCCAGCUUCCACCCCAUCUUCUUCAGCCAGGAUCGGCUGCUGGAGGAGCUGUUCUGCGUCUGCAUCCAGCUGCUCAACAAGACCUGGAAGGAGAUGCGCGCCACGCAGGAAGACUUCGACAAGGUGAUGCAGGUGGUGAAGGAGCAGAUCACCCGGACGCUGGGCAGCAAGCCCACGUCGCUGGAGCUGUUCAAGAACAAGGUCAACGCGCUGAACUACAGCGAGAUCCUGAAGCUGCGGCAGACGGAGCGGCUGCACCAGGAGGAGACGCUGGCGCCGCCCGUCCUAGAGCUGAAGGAGCGCCUGAAGCCGGAGCUGCUGGAGUUGAUCCGCCAGCAGAGACUCAACCGGCUCUGCCAGGGAACCAUGUUCAGGAAGAUCAGCAGCCGGCGGCGGCAGGACAAACUGUGGUACUGCCGCCUGUCGCCCAAUCACAAGAUGCUGCACUACGGCGACGUGGAGGAAGACGCGGAGAACCCGGCCAUCGAGACGCUGCAGGACAAGAUCCCCGUGGCGGAUAUCAAAGGUUUGCUGACCGGGAAGGACUGUCCCCACAUGAAGGAGAACAAGGGCAAGCAGACCAAGGAAGUCCUGGAUUUGGCCUUCAGCAUCACCUACGAUGUGGAGGAGUGCAGCCUGAACUUCAUCGCCCCCUCCAGGACAGACUUCUGCCUGUGGACGGACGGACUGAGCGUCCUGCUGGGCCGGGACAUGAGCAGCGAGUCGAUGCGCAGCGAGCUGGAGAUCCUGCUGUCCAUGGAGAUUAAGCUCCGCCUCCUGGACCUGGAGAACGUCGCCAUCCCGGACAGCGCCCCCGCCGUGCCCAAACCGCCCAGCAACUACAACUUCUGCUACGACUUCAGCCAGACGGAGCAGUAGGCCAUCUCUGGACGGGUUCUGGUUCUGGACGGGUUCUGGCCCGUCCGUCCCUGCUCCUCUUCUUAUCUGACAGAUUUUAGCUCUUUAUUGAGGGCGGUUCUGUUGAACCGAUCCAGAUCUUCCUGCAGAACCAGGUUUAAUUCCGAAAGCAGCAGCUGACCCGUUUCCAGCUGCCAGGAGACUCUGGUACUUCCUGGUACUUCCUGGUUCUUCCUGCUUUUCCCGGUUUUCCUGGCUCUUCCUGCUUCAGCAUUGCGGCUGCUUGUGUGACGAUGCAUUUAAAGUGUCUUUACAUUCGAAGAAUUGUUGCGUUGCUCCAGUUCGGCCCAAACGCUCCAGACUUUUAGAAAACGGUUCUGGCGCCGCAGCGAAUGAAACUGUUAUAUUUCUGUGCGGUUCAGAAACUGUGGAGCUUUUUUGCUUCAGUUUCAACAGAUUUUGUACCGAAUGAGAUUUUUCCUGUAUGAUGCUGACGACGUGUUGUGACUCUAAGCGAGGCGGUUAUUCGGUACGUGUGACUGAAACGUUCAGUCGGUUCAUUUCAACUGAUUUCACUUUAAUGCUUUUUAUGAAUUUACACCAAUAAACAGUUUGAAUUAGAAACCUA